AUGGCUUGUCUAUUCCAAGCAAAACGAUGCAGCCUUCUUUGCUUCAAAAAAAAUUCACACGAGUGCAAAUCUGCGCUGGUCAGGGAUGGAACCAGGGAUUGGAAGAAUCUGUGCCACCUCCUCAGCUCGCAUGAGAAGUCGCAUGACCACCUAGAUAGUUUCCAAAGGUGGAAGGAGCUGGAGAUCAGGCUGGUGUCCAAGCAAACUAUCGAUGCCCAAGCCCAACGGGUAAUUGACGGAGAGACUCUCCACUGGCAGCAGGUGCUGCAGAGGCUCAUAGCCCUGAUGCGCGUAAUGGCCACCCAGAACAUUGCUUUACGUGGGACCACCGAUAGGCUGAACGAGCCAAAUAAUAGGAACUUUCUGAAGUUUGUGGAAAUGCUGGGUAUCUUUGAUGGAAUCAUGAAGGAGCAUGUAAGGAGAGUACAGUCCAAAGAAACACAUGUGCACUACCUCGGUAAAAGAAUCCAGAACGAAAUCAUUGACAUGCUGGCACAAGAGAUCCAGCAGACAGUGUGCAGUGAUCUAAAAGCAGCCAAAUAUGUUUCUAUAAUUUUAAACUGCACACCAGACAAGAGCAAAACAGAGCAGAUGACCAUGGUGGUGCGUUUAGUUUCAACCGAGGAUGAAACCCCUCAGCGCCACGAGAUGGGAGAACCGGGUGGAGGCUACAUCUUGUUCAAAGUGAACAUCACCAGUAAGAGUUUGCAGACGGUGAGUUUUAACAUUUCACUAGCAGUGGUUCAACUGAACUCAACCAGGGUAUUCCUCCAAGACUACCGCUCCGAUGCAGCUUUCGCUGGCGUUUUAGCAAGCGCAAAAGAGUUGGCAGAGGAGGUGGGUUUUGAGCCAUGUUUCCCAGUGCAACCCACGGUCCGUCCCAGGAAGAAGAGGAGUCUGUUUGGCUACGAGGGAGAGGAUGAGCCUGUGACUGACCUUCAGCAGAAAUUCAAAGUACAUUUCUUUAAUCAGAUUCUUGAUUUUGCUAUCCAGUCCUUCAACGAGCGCUUUACGCAGCUCGAAGAGCACAGCAGUAUUUUCAGCAUCCUGUACAACAUCCCCACCAUCAAGGACAUGGACACUGCAGCACUAACCAGGGACUGCACAACACUUGAGAGGGCCCUUACGUACAGGGAUUCCAGGGACAUCGACGCAAAAGAUCUGUGUAAUGAGCUCAAAGUCUUGAGCAGGAGACUGGACAGUGAGGCAGAACCACUCAACGCACUCGAGUACAUAACCAGACACCAAAUGGCCUCAUUGUAUCCCAAUGCCUUUGUUGCCCUGAGAGUUCUUCUCACACUCCCGGAGACAGUGGCAAGUGGAGAGCGCACAUUCUCCAAGCUCAAACUCAUGAAAAACUACCUGCGCUCUACUAUGAGUCAAGAGAGACUCAAUGGACUCGCCACCAUAUCAAUUGAGCACGAGUUGUCUUACAAAAUCAACCUCUAAAAAGCAGUGCAUGCUUUUGCUGCCCGGAAGGCCAGGCGAGUCAACAUGUCUUUUAAUAAAAGAUGAUUUGAUUUCAGGACCAUUAUUGACAGCUACCGAGAGAAAACAUUGCUGACUGCAGAGGAAAGAGGCCACUCUGGCGGAGAGUAAAUCAAUAAAUGCUGAAACUGAUGUUGGACAAUCAAAUUCGCUAUGUAAAUAAACGAAAUUCGUUAAGGCUGGGUCAUUGACAUAAAGCUUAUUUGACACUGCUCCAGCGAAACGAG